AUGGUAAAUACGAGAAAUACAGUAAUCUUGCUUCAGGUACAAGCAACCAACAGUCUCUGUGGCGGGUCAAAUCGUCUGCGAUACGCUUUCCAGGAUGGUGGAGAUGCCACAAAGCUGUUCAAUAUCGACUCCACGAGUGGCACCAUCUGCCUGGAAAAGAAGCUUGACUUUGAAAAAGAGAUCAGUCAUCAACUUACUGUAGCAGCUAUUGAUCAGAACGGUGCAACUGGUACAUGUCUGGUCAGCAUACGAGUGCUCGAUGCCAACGACAACUUUCCCAUUUUCUUUCCCACGGAGUACAACAUCACUGUGCGAGAGAACUACAAGCCUAGUGGGCCUUUGGUGGUACUUUCAGCAACGGAUGACGAUGAGGGAAACUUUGGGGAGGUGCACUUCUACCUGAAGAGCGGCGAUCCUACAUUAUUCGAGGUCAAGAAGAAAUCUGGCGAAGUCUUCCUUAAAAAAGGACUGUCACGUGGAAAACACGAGCUCACAGUUGAAGCGAAGGAUGGAGCUGGAUCAGCUGGCGAAGUAGAUGCACACGUCUAUGUCUAUGUGAUAGGAUCAGAUGCUAGCGCUCCAUCAUUUACACAACCUAGCUAUGUUAUCAAGACUGCUGAGGACAUUUUGCCAGGCAUAUCCAUUGGAGCUGUGCAGGCUACGGGUCCUGGCACGAUCCGAUAUAGGCAAGUUUCUACGAAUUUUCUCAGAUAUCUCGCUGAUCUCAUUAAUGGAGGUUCGAACCACACCCAAGUUGUGAUUUUGAUUGAGGAUCACAAUGACAACACUCCAAGGUUCCCGAUUGAUCUGGUAGAGAUUACUGUAAGCGAAAAUCAGACAGUCCAUGUCCCAUUCUAUAUCGUGCAUGCGACAGACAAAGACAAGAGAAAGAACGGUGCCAUUUCUUACUCAAUCAUCUCUUCGCAUCCUCCUUGCCCUGUCAUGGUGCAGCCAUUAACUGGCCAACUUCAAUUGACCGAUCAGCUUGAUUUUGAGAAAAUCAAGGACUACCGUAUCCGAAUAAAGGCUCAAGACCACGGCGUUCCACCACGUUCAUCCAAUAUGACGCUUGUGCUGCAUGUGUCCGAUUAUAACGACAAUGCUCCCAUCUUUGAAAGAAAAAUCUACGAGGCUGAAGUACCCGAAAAUUCUCCAUCAAUGACUGUAGUGCUCAAAGUAAAAGCCAGAGAUGAAGAUUCGAGAGAAAAUGGUAGAAUUCAGUAUAGAAUAACAAAUGGAUCAAGUGCCUUUGGCAUCGAUGAGAAGACUGGUGUCAUCUAUGUGAAUGAGAAUAUAGACAGAGAGGUUCGGAAUGUUUAUGAUCUCACCGUAACUGCUCAGGAUCAAGGAAAGCCACCACUUUCUUCUUCGGUUCCUGUCCGAGUCCACAUCUCCGAUAUCAAUGACAACGCUCCCUCAUGCAAUUCCAUUGCGACAAUGCUUGUGCCAGCUGAUUCGGCUCCAGCUACGACUGUUGGCACUAUCGUAAUCACUGACCCAGACAAUGGACCGAACGGCACCGUAAUCUACCGAGAUGUGCAGUUGCGGCGCGCUUUAACGGAAGCCGAUCCCACCGAUGUUCGGUUGUCCAUAAUCGCAUCUGACCAAGGCAAUCCGAGAAAAUCCACCGUCUGCCAUGUCCAGCUGCGUAUAGGAAAAGGCACAUCUACUGUGAAAGUGAUAGAGCCGUUUGAAAGGAAUAUACGAAUGCCAAGCAACUGUUCAAGUAGUUGCUUUAUUCGUCAGCUCAAUGCUACGGGCGUUGCGAAAUGGCAGAUUCAGAGCAAUGAUGUCUCAAACCACUUCACAAUCAAGGAUGGAAAAUUCUUCAUGUCUUCGCGUCCACAAUCGCUUCCACCAUGGCCAUUGUCGCUAAUUCUUUCCGACAAAGACGGGCGACAGAAACAUUUAUCAAUCAGGGUAUUAGAACCAAACACAGCGACACCAGCAGAGCCUGUGAAGCUUUCUCCAUUGCUCACCAUUGGCUCAAAAGUUACGACUUUGAGUUCAAAGCUCAAGAAGAAUAAGAAAAUGGUGUACAUGUUGAAGAACGAGACCUCCGUCUUUGAGUUAGACCAAGCGACAGGAGAUGUUUACUUGAUGAAGAAGAUUCAAGAUUUGCAAUAUCGACAGAUUUCUCUUUAUUACGACCAAGUAGAUGCAAUGACAUCCGAAACUGAAGAGAAACAGAUCGAUUUUGAAGUUGGAAAUGGUUCUAUUGAAGCAGCACCAUACUUCAACGAAGAUUUCGUACGGGUUACUGUAUCCGAGGAUGCUGUGAUUGGUUCGGUCAUUGCCACUGUGAAUGCUACUAGUACUGAUCCUUUGGCUUCACCUAUUUAUCGAUUGGCUGAGCCGAGCAAUCGAUUUGCUAUUGAUCAGUAUUCCGGUGAAGUUAGCAUCAUCGAAGAUCUCGACUGGAAAGAGUCACCAUAUCACCUCGUGAUCAUUGCAUCAACUGGAAGUGAAAAAACAAGCAUGCUUUUGGAUGUGGAUGUAUUGGACGUGAACAACAAUUAUCCACAAAUCAUAAGCACCGAGGACGUGAUUACAUUUGCCGAUCCGGGGAGAAUAAUCUACUAUGUGGUGGCCACAGAUGAUGAUGACGGCAAAAACGCAAUGAUCUCUUACGAAAUCAUUGCUGAUGCUUCGAACUGUUUUGGAAUAGAUCAGAAGAGUGGUGCCCUCUCUAUGUUACGACGGCCAUCUUCUGCUGAAUCAACAAUUGUCGUUAGGGCAUUUGACAAUGGCACUCCAUCUCUAUUCGCCGAUCAGACUCUGACGAUACGCACCACAAACGGAAGCGAGAAAUGGAGCUAUUUUACCGAUGGCGAAUUGAGAGUGACUAUACCGGAUACAACAGCCAUUGGUUCCAUUAUAACAACACUUCCUGUCGAUGGAAACGCAGCCAUUCGUCUAUUCCCAGCGAGCAAAAGCUUCAAGAUCGACGAUUAUGGAAAAGUCACACUGCUUGCCCCAUUUAGUGCUGGUGUGCAUCAAUUUUCAGUGCUGGCCAAAUCCCCUCAUGGAGACAUUGACUCGCUAUCUGUGGUCGUCGAAGUGGAAGCAACGCAAAAACAUGGUCCCAAGAUAAGCUCCGCUUCUUGCGGUUCCAUCUUGUUGCCAGAAAAUCGUGCAUUGGAAAAUUUCAAGCAGAUUGUUGCUUUGAAUACGACAGCUAAGGCAAGGUUUAUGAUUCGUGCUUUGGAUCGCGAAGAACAUUCUGAGCAUUUGUUGGUAGUUGAGGUCGAAGAUGGAGAACGAAAGGACUCCUGCACUGUGAGGAUUACAGUCGAAGAUGAGAAUGACAAUGCACCACAAUUUGCCUCAUCUACACCACAAGUGAUCUCCAUCAAUGAUUCUAUACAGCUUCAGAAUGUUGUCUACAAAUUCUCGGCCUUCGAUCAUGAUGUGGGAGCCAAUGGGCGCAUCGUAUUCGAUCUCGUCGAAGAUGCGAGCUUGGCCUUCGACUUGAAUCCUGAAAGUGGAAAGCUCAUCUUUGUUCGGGAACCACAAGGAGUUGGAAAGGACUGGAUGAUUCGAGUGAAAUUGCACGACAAAGGAUCACCAUCUCUUUCCGUAGAUCGAUUCAUCAGAAUCCAAAGCACCCGUUCAAACGCAAAGGUUACUGAUGAGCAACCAAGCUUUCUACGGCAGAAGUACAUAUCAUCCGUGGAUGAAGGCCUAACGCGCGGACAGAUUGUUUCUAAGGUAGCAACAUCAUCUAGAGAUUCUCGCAUUACCUAUAGCAUCGUUGAGGGAAAUACAGAUAGCGCCUUCGAGAUUGACAACGAUGGCAUCGUACGAACCUCCCAGGAGCUGGACUAUGAAAUCAAAGACCAGUACGAUCUGAAAAUAAUUGCAACGGGAGCAUUUCCAAGUCAGAUUAGCACAAAAAUGAUAGUGGAAGUAAACAAUCUCAACGAUAAUCCGCCAGUCUUUCCACGACAUAAUCGCAAGAAGGUGGUAGAAACGCUCCCUGUUGGAUCCUACAUCACAACCCUAAAUGCGAAUGACGCUGAUAAUCAAGGCAUAUUAGAAUACAGUCUAGACCCAAAGGAAGAAAGAUUCAUUAUUGAUCGAUUUACUGGGGUGAUACAUCUAGCAACCAGUCUAGACUUUGAAACCGUAGAGGAAAUUGACAUCAAAGUCAUGGUCACUGAUGGAAACUAUACAGCUACGACUAAUUUUGUUGUGGUUGUCAUGGAUGUGAAUGACAAUGCUCCAGAAUUCCAGCAGCGUUUUGUCGACAUCAAGGUUCCACAAUCGACUGGUGCGGAUGAAGUGAUUGCUAAGCUGGUAGCUUUAGAUCGGGACUCUGGUGAUAACGGGAAAAUUUCAUAUUCUCUGCUGGAAUCCUACGAAAUGUUCCACUUGGACAGCAAUGAUGGAACCCUCACUCUGACAUCUGCGCUCUCUCGCGAUGCUGAAUAUCUGCUUACCGUAACAGCAAGCGAUCAUGGGCUACCCUCACUGUCCACAUCAAUUCCGGUUAGGGUCAAAGCUACUGUAGUCGAAGCUCAACAGCGUCCGCAGUUCCCAACCACUGCUUACGAUUUCCUCGUUUCGGAAUCGUGGACACCUCACAUCCCAUUUGGUAAUGUUUCCAUUGGCAAUGAACCGUACUUCUACCGUAUCUUGGAUUCAAAAGCUGCUGAAGUGUUCGAUAUCGAUGACUUUGGUCGAAUGUCUUUGAAAACGGCUCUGGAUAGGGAAACAAGAGACCAGUACAGCUUCAUCGUCGACGUCGGCACUCAUCCAGUUACUUACCACCAAAACUCAACCGCCACCGUAACUAUUCGAGUAACGGACACCAAUGACAACACGCCCGUCUUCAGCCCUUUAAGCUCAGAAAUAACUCUCCGAGAUGGGCUGAAGAGUGGAGAAGUGCUGAAGAGACUUGUGGCUACGGAUGCAGACGACGGCGAAAACGGCCGCAUCAGUUACCGUAUCCUCUCCGGUGACGAUUACGGUAUCUUCUCUAUUGGAUCGGACACUGGGGCGUUGAUGUUCAAUCAAUGGGAUGACGAGCAGCUUGUGCGACAUAACGAUGGAAAGUGGACCUUGUUUAUUGAGGCGAGGGACCAUGGAUCGGAGCCGAGAUCAGCGAUACUGCCUGUGCAGGUUUCACUUCAGCUGCAAACCUGGUCAGGUUCAGCACCUUUCUUUGUGAUUCCCGCUUACGUUGUGCCUAUUCUGGAAACAACCAGCAUUGACAGCAUUGUAUUUAUUGCUCAUGCUACCAAUCGCUUCGGGAUUCCCAUGAAAGUGCGAUAUGAUUUGAAGGAUAACGAUCAAACUUUCUCCAUAAAUCCUGCCAGCGGCGUUGUGCAUCUAAAGCGCGACUUGGACUACGAGACCAGGAAUUCAUAUAAAAUGUCACUUCUUGCUUCAGACGAAAAUGGAAGAUCCGCGGUUGUAUCACUGGAGUUCCUCGUACUACCUGUUGAUGAGUAUCCGCCUGUCUUCUCACAAUCAAGCUACACAUUUCAAGUCCCACUUGACGCUGACAUCGGGUCUAUCAUUGGAGAAGUCCGAGCUGUUGAUGCGGAUGGAGGUGUGCACGGUGUGCCAUUAUACCGUAUUGAACCAAAUAAUGCUCUUGUGAUGGUGGAGGAAAAGAGCGGUUUGUUGAGUUUGCGAAGCAGGCCAGACAAACGGCGGAAUCACACCAUAGAGCAGAUCAAUGUAAUUGCUUCAAGUAGCGAUACGCAGCAGACAAAAGCGACAGUGUAUCUAGAGAUUGGAGAUUAUCCCUUGCAUGCUGCCACUUCGACAUUUUCGUCAAAUAUCUUCAAGAUUGGAGCUAUAGCUACGGCUGUCCUGUUUGUGCUCAUGAUUUGUUUGCUGGAAUGUUGCUUAUUCGGCUAUAAGCGCUCAAAGCCUAAGGAAGUGGAUAGCCCUCAUAAGCAGGUCUAUUCUAUAAGCAAAAGCCGAGCCAAGGAAAGAAGAGAAAGCACUGGGAUCGCUCGCAUGGCUUGUUCGCCAAAACCAGCAAUGCCAAGCAAUAUCCCACCACCGAACCCAUCAAUGUCUUCAUCAGCAUCCUCAAACUCGGGAUUGCGAAACUCUCUUCUUUCUCAUCGUGAAGCGGCAUCUACACGCUCGCAGCCUGACUCAGGCAUCGAUCAAGAUGCUGUGUCCGUAAACAGUUCGGUAACGGAGUAUUUGAUUUCUAUAGGGGUAAAUCCAAAUCCGCUUCAAACACGCCCACGGUAUCGGCGACCUGAAACGAUUGACUCUCCUCUAAAUGAUUAUAUCUAUGCUAGAGUUGAAGAUAUACUUCCUCCGGGACCGGUCAGCUUAUCAGAAAAUGUGGAACAACUUGAAGGUCUAUACAAGUACACUCAGUCUCGGCAUCCAGCUCCCACAUUUCAACCCCUUACCGAAAUCUUCGAUGAGCUUGAAGAGAUUCAGAGGGAGCAGGGAAAAAAGCGAGAAAGAGAAUAUAUACAAGUGGAAAUCUAG